CCCCUUGCUGACGUAUUGGGCGCUGCAGCAGCGAGGUUUCUGGGAGUCGUAGGCUCUGGUAGUUUCCUGUGUUUAAUGGCUUCCCGUUUUAAGGCAUGAACCUUUUACUGCUGCACUUCUCAUUCUCUUGUCUACUGCCAGAGCCAGUCAAAUUCAGCUUAACUACUAAGACAGAUUGCUAUUGGCAAAGGAUUGGGUGGGUGGCUUUUACAAAAAAGUAUUGUUUCCUUGCAUAUUUGACUGGCAUUCUUUGUAACAUCCUAAGCUGAAAAACUACUGUGAUACAGAAUCAAGAUGGUGCUAAUGAAUUGGAAGGCACUGGAAAAUUUUCCACUACUAAUCUACAUUUUAGCUGCUAAAACAUUAAUUCUUUGCUUGGCAUUUGCUGGAGUAAAAAUAUAUCAGAGAAAAAGACUUGAAGAAAAGCUGAAAAAAGAACAAGUGGAAAAGCAGAAAAGAGAAAUGGAGAAAAAGGAAAACUGAAGUAUCUAAAGGUUGUGAAGAGGUCUCCACAACAGAACACAGCUACAAGAACAAAGGUCUUUACAAACACACAAUUAAGAAACAAGAAGGAAGAUGGCUUAUAUAUUCCAUGUGGGACACAUCACAAAAGUGCAUGUGAACAUGAAUAUAAAAGAGUCAUACAAGUUUGAACUUGAUUACCAAACUGUCAGUGGAAACUUCAUGGAGCUUAGAAUAGGAAAACUAUAAUGCUGCUUAGGAAUAAGCAAGUCUUUUCUUGUACUGUGGAUAAGAAGGUUGCUCCAAAUGAGGCUUGCCAGGAACUGGCCCAAGUUAGUGCAAUCAGAUCCGACACUUUAGCUGGCAACAAAAUCAUCCACAGUUAAAAAUAGGUCAUGACGCUGCACCUUCAUGUUUUUCUGCACCAAUUCCGUGCUUGGAGCUUCUGCCACUGGGCAACUAUCGGUCUUUUGGCACUGACCAUCUAUGUUAGCUUCUGUUGUUACACCCUUUCCAACAUUAACCAUUAUAGUGUUGCAGGAAGGCCUCCUAUUUCCUGGAAAUUUAUUUUGAAAGAGGUGAUCCAUGUAGUUUUCCCGCUGCCUGAGAACAAUAUUGCUGAGCAUCAUAGAGAAAAGGAGAAAGGCAAAAAAUCCAAUAAUAAUCAGGAUGUAUAGAGAAGCCGAGAUUUCUUCUUGCUCUACAAGAGAUGGGUUUGUAUAAUUAAGUUUCCUUUCCCUGUCUUGCAUAUAGAUAGAUAGCAAACUGUUCAGAACAGACUUUACUUCUGUGGGGUUGACGUUCAUUUUAUAAUGUCAUCUGAGCUGCAAAAACAAAGAAGACAAAAUACCAGUCAGGCUCAUGUUUGACUACUUCCCAUUGUGAUAAGAACACAUCAAAUAUCCACAAACUACUUUUCUUCUACCAUUUUUUUUCCCUCAAGGAGUGUAUAUGAGACAAUAUUACUACAGUAGCUACUAUAAUGAAAGGAAUAUGCCAGUGUGAUGUAGGAACUGAGGAGCGGGACUUGGAUCAUUCAUGUUGAAACCCUUACUGGACUGUGGAGCAACUCUGUGACUGGUCCAAACAAUAAAAAGAAUCUGGUAGCACCUUUUCCAACUGACAAAAGCAUAUCCCUUAAUCCAACCUACUUCACACAAUUCUUGUGGAGAGAAAAUUAAGGAAGAUCCUAAUGUAGGCUGCAUUGAUUCCAUAAAGAAAAAAAUAUAUAAAGGUAAUAAAUAAAGAGGACUUAACUUCUUAUCAAAUUGGUGCUGCCAGCUGGAAACCAUUAGAUUACUUCAAACUGCUCCUUGUGUCUAGAAACUAACAUAGAUUCAUGUUAAUGAUUUGUCUUCUUGUGUUCUGGGACAUCGGAAGCUAGAUUUAUAAGCAAAAAUGUUAAUUUCUAAAAUAUCAACAUUCAACAUAGAAAUGCCCUGGAAAGAGCUGCUUUGUACUUGGUACCCACAGGUUCUCUCUUGCUUUUUUUUUUUUAAUAUGGAGAAACCAUUUCCUCAUAAUAAUUUAGGGCAUGUUUAUUUCUCAUAUCCCUGUUUUUUAGAUACACUGAUCCUGACCAUAAUUAUAUGCUUCUCGUGCAACAUCACCAAACUUCUUAGACCAAAUAUCAGUUUAUGCCACAUGUACAGAUCCAGAGAUCCAUGCACUGUGAUAACUCAAAACUGAUAUAAUUUUGUGUUCAGAAUGACCAAAAUAAAAAAUAAAAAAAUCCUAAUGGUUAUAAGUAUCUACUAACAAAUAAGGAACAUACAGAAAUAAGGUAAACACAUUAGACUUACAGCAGGCUACAGAUGCCUUGGGAAGAGAUCAUAGUGAGGCAGCAAGGUCAAUGUACACUGCAGCUCCAGCUGGGAUCUUUCCUUUUCUAUUCACACUUCUCACCUGCUCUCAAACACAAUGUCUUCCUGACUGGUCUCCACACUUGUUUUAUAUCAUCUGCUCUCCUGAUUCUAUGUCAAAUGUUACUUUUGAAUGUGGACAGCAAGGCAUUUCCUUCCAUGGGCUAUUUUGGAUCCCUUUUGUGAGAUCCAAACAUGAGUUAUCAUUGGCCAUGAGGAAUUGUGGGAAUAUCCUGGAUGAUUCAGUUCUGCUAUUGCUAGCAACUCAUCUUCCUCCUUCGGUAUUAUUACACUUUAAUGGCAGUGUUUACACUGCAUGAGGCUUGUGACUGAGCCACCUGGAAUCUAGCACCCAUUAAUAUUCAAAUAGACCCUGGGUUCCAUGAGUUGAAGGAGUGCGCUUUCCACUUCAUACGUGAGGGUUGCUUAAUAGAAUUACAACAGCAGAUGUGCAGUUUAUCUUUGUUUUGCAACCAUAAUGAUCCUUUGCAGGAAUCCUUCUGUACCUUAUGGAACAUACAAUCUUCAGUUGGGAGCAUUACUUGCCCUUUCCCAAUGUGCUUGUGAGAAGUGAUCACGUGUUACAAAUUGAGCAUAUGAGGGAAGAAAGAGGAAACAGGUGGAGUGAGAUGGAGUCUGGUGAAAGAGGACAAAGUGAGCAGGAGAAAGAAGACCUUUAUGGAAACUUGUGGUAAGAGGUGUUUAAAUAAUUUGGGAGGAGGAAAAGAGUGGAGUUGGGGAUAAGACCAAAUCAAAAUAGGAUCUGCCAUUAGAAGGAUGAAAAGGUGGGGACAGGGUCAGGGGUCUGAGUGAAUAUAAGAACAUGAGAAGAGCUCUGUUGGAUCAGAUCAAACACCCAUCUAGGUUAGCAUUCUACCUACUCUAAUGGCCCAGCAUCUUCCUGCACUUAAAAAGCGUACAAGCAGGGCUUGAGAAUAAUACUUUACUUUCAUCAUCCUCAGCAACUGCUAUUUCAUGAUUCUCAGCAACUGGAUGCUGCCUGUGAUUUGGGAGACAUUAUACACCCAUUAAGACUAGUAGCCAUUAUAGCUGUCACAGCCUUCAGAAAUUUAUCUAGUCACCCUUUAAAGCUUCCUGAAUUGGUAGGGAUCAAAUCUGAUGGCAACACAUUGCAUAGUUUACUUAUGUAUUGGGUAAAUAAGUGGGUUCCUUUUCUGAGUCCUGCAUCUUCCUUAUUUAGCUUCAACUGAGAAAAAACUUUUCCCUAUCCAUCUUUCUCACCCCUAUAUUAUUAUACUUUUAUCAUGCCUCUCUGUUCUUGCAUUCUUUCUAAGCUACAAAAAUCCAAAUGUUCCCAUCUUCCCUUAUAAGUUGAAUUAUUCUGAUUGCCCUUUUCCAUACUUCCUCUGUGUAUAUGUAUGUGUGAGACAGUACGUGUGUCUGUCAAGAGAAAGACAACAAAAUCAGUACAGCCCACAGAUUUACAUACUGUAGAAUCCAUAGGUAUUUGUCAGCCAAAAGAGUAGCUGCAACAAACUAAAUAAAAAAUGUGUUGAGCAGUAUGGUGCCUCUGUGCUUCCAGGAUGAUACUAUUGUAGUGACCUUAGCCAAAUUGUUGUGAAAUUCCAGAUAAACUUCCUAGUUCUUAUAAUGAAGCAUACUUUUAGUGGGUUUAUUUAUUUAUUUUGGUGAACCAGGAAAGUUUUUCCCGAUGAAACAAACAAAAUAACACAGGACUAACUCAUCAACAAAUGAACAUAACUAUGCCUAGAAUCAUAAAAAUCCAGCAGCCAGAGAACCUUCACAAAGUUGUCUGACACAUGGUAUACAACUCUUUAAUAAAUUGUAUCGUCUUCAAA